UGGUCAUUUUUAUACGAUCUCUGUCUCCCUCUAGUGGCUAACAUAAUGGUCACGUCACAAACAUUUGAUAAAAUCCUUUUUGAUGAAAACCCCCGGAAAGUGGCGACAGUCACGCGUCUGUUUUUACAGCACGCAUGAAGCAUUCAUGCAGCUGGUAUAACAUUACGUUAUUGAAAGUCUCACCCGAGCUCUGUAUAGCCCUAUGGCUUAUCCGGGUGCCCUGCUGUGUGUUCAAGUCAAGGAGUGAAGGGCAGCGAGAGAUCAGUGUUCAUCCUGUUACCGGAUUGUCAAAGCAACAUAACCAGUCGUGCAAGCAUGUGACGAGUCGCAGGGUUUUGAUGGCAGCAGGCAACAGAUGCUGAAUCAGAUGUUAUAUUAGACUAGUGCAGAGUUGUCUGUUAUCAGAAGGCACAGUAAUCUGACAGACUGUAACACAGAACACAUAUUCCUGUUUUGUCGUGGAACUCAAAUACAAUACAGCGAAAUCGCGAAUGCAUUUCUCAGUUUGCAACCUAUUACACAACACAACAUAUUGCAAUAAUUAAAAAAACAAAGCAUGUUGACACAUACAAUGCCUUAUUUGCCGCGUUUCAAUGCUAGCCACCUAUUUAUAGCUAAACCUAUUUGUUUAACAUGAUUUUAUACUUAAUUAACAGUAAACGUUGUUUUAACAGAUCUAUUUUUCUAGGCACUGCUUAACCAAGUCUCAUGAACCAGUACGGACUGCUGUCAACCACCAGCGUGCACUCGGGGAAUUACAAUAGAAACAAAUCUGAAGUCAAUUGGCCACAGUGACGGAGUUACCCAGCUGUGUAUAUUUGUGUAAAAUGCAUUUUUCUCUCGCUGACACGCCCACCGGCAGAAUUGAAACCUGCAGCUACAGGAAAGGGCUGCAGCUUUCUAGAGUCGAGGCGUGACACACGGCAAGACAGCGAUCGGACUUUACCACGCCAUUAAAGUUAGAAAGCAGUCUCUCCCUCUCCACCUGGAUGGCAGGGGUGUUGCGAGCGCUUCUUAGCGCCUCAGAGAAGGCUGCAAACAUUGCUCGAGUAUGCAGACAGGAGGGGGCGCUGUUCCAGCUGCUCAUCCAAGAGAAGACAGGAGCAGACAAGAACAAAAAGUUCACCCAGGACUUCAAAACCUUGGCUGACGUCAUCAUACAGGAGGUAGUGAGACACGAUGUUGGCAAGCAGUUCCCAGAACUCCUGCAUGCCAUCCAUGGAGAGGAGUCCAAUACGUUUGAGAACAGACUGGGAGGGCGUGUGGAGGUGCAGGUUUGCUCCGUGGAGACGGACACAGCUGCUCUGCUGUGCUCGGUUCUGGAUGGAAAUGAGGAGGCUGCAGGGCUGCUGGCACAGACUAUUCACCAGGAGAUUGAGCUCCGAGACCCGGCUGCAGAGAGGCUCGAGCUGGCCAUUCCUACCAGCAGCAUGGGCAUCUGGAUCGACCCGAUUGACUCCACCAACCAGUACAUUAAGGGGCGAGGGGAUGUAGACCCAGAGAAGGGGCUGUACCCGUCAGGCCUGCAGUCAGCGCUGGUGCUGAUCGGGGUGUACGAUCGGGCGAGUGGGGAGCCCAUCAUGGGGGUGAUCAACCAGCCCUUCAAUCAGUGUGACCCCGGAUCACUCAGGUACAGUGGCACGCCGUCCCCUACAAACUGCACAGUGUGCAGCGAGCAUUGAGUUGAAGAAAUGGGAUUCAUUGUGAUUCUCUCUCUAGCGACUUUUGCACGUUUGAGGCCAGUGUUGCUAAUGGUAGUGCAAAAUGGGGAAGAUUUAUGGAAU